AUGUGUGCCUGCCGGGACCUGAUUGGUGGGCUGGCAGAGGACUUCCCUGUCCCUCCCCCGCCCAAGUUUCCAGGAGCCGCUAUUGCCAGAUCUAAGUCGCUGAUCCAGUCUGGGAGCCGGGUAUCCCCUUCUCCUCGACGUUGUCAUCUCAGUAGCGCGGUGGAGUGUGGCUUGCGCGGACCUACUGUGCGUGUGUACUCAGUACUCGCAGCUCUUCAGGAUACUCCUGGUUCCGCCAUGAUCAAGCUGCUGCAGGCGGGCGCCGUGCCUUUCGGCUUCACCUCCGACAUGAGUGAGGGUGACUCUCCUUACCCCUGCGGCGAAUGUUCUUAUGCCCUUCGGAUGAACUGGCGCCACGACCACAGAUCACAAGCGGACGGGUUCAGGCUGCUGCCAGACAUCAUUACGAGCAACACGCCACCGCCGUCACCCCUGCCACGAUCACGUUCCUGUCUCGCCUUUUUCCACGAGAAGACUCACAGUCAGACGUCCCUCGCCGCCCCAGCCUCAUCCAACACCCUGAACGGGAGUGAUGUGGACGGAGAGGCGAGGCUGAGUCACGUCCUUGAGGUACGACGCCACCUGCACAGGGACGCCCCCUCCACCUCCACUGCUCACUUGCCCCACCUGACAUGGGUUCUCCCUCACGUCCCAUCCUUCUCCCGCUCCCUAGCAAAAGAUGGAGAGGAGGGACGCCGGAGAGGAAGGGAUGAAGAUGGCGAGCAACAGAGGCUGUGGCGGCAAGUUGGCGGAGACUUACGCAAGAUGGCCGAUCAAUUUGAGGUGUCCUCCAAGGGCAGUACAGAGAUCGUCGUGCCCCCGAUCAGCCUACCAGUCGUGCUCAGCAGGUGUGUGGCUGGCACACUUCUCUGCCUUGUGUGGUGGAGACUGUACCACGGCUCUCGCUGAUCUCACGGGAGGACGUCCUGGGCGAGACGCUUCCCGAGACUCACGUGACUUAGACUGACGAGCGUCACUGGACACCUGCAGCAAGGACAUAGUCACUGGUGGCCGCUGGUCUCUCGUUGCAACACGUUUGGUCUCCAAGCCUUGGACACUUUACUGCUUGGCUCCAACCCUGUCCAAGGCAUGGAGUCGACAAAUCCACACGUAUAGAGGUCCGAGGGGCGACGACCAAUGGCUUCCUAUGUGUCCCGGUGACCACAUGGCAUCCCUGGAACACGUGGGACGCGUGCACCAUCAGCUGAGAACUUUCUUCUCUCCUAGAGUAGUGCACCUAGAGGCUAAGACUCCUGCUAGUUAAGUCCAGUGCGUCGGGCGUCCACAGCCACGUGUUGGCGUUUCAUCCCGCCCGUCUCACUCAACUCACUGCCCACUGUCUUUCACUACAGAUGGAAACGUGGAGAACGCUCGUUAAUAAAGGAUGAAGAAAUUAUCAACAUUCGGUAUACGCUCACGAACUGAAAGUAUAGAAAAAAAAGAAGAAAAGAAAAGACUCGUCCGCACUAGUGUUACAAGGAAUUGUUCACGUUUCUUCAUCUUAUCGAGUGUUGUGAUUAGUUAAAUUAUUAUUUUCUUUUAUAUUUUUACUCUGAGUGUUUAUUGCAAUAGUUAGCAUGUCUUAAGGUGACUUCGCUUGUCAUGAAAGAGUGAAUUCAUUUUUUGCCAGGUGUAGGGCCAGUCAAGGUCACCCAGUGAAGCCUGACCUAGGCCGAUCCCCUACUCUCUUUCCCUCCCCUAUUCUCGCCUCCCGGAUCGCUGCAGGGACGCCCUGAUCUCACUAGCCUUAAGUUCCAAGUUUCUCGCUCAGUAAUGAACUACCAGUCUUUCAGGGGCGUGCUUUGUCUCCAGGUACUUUUGAGUCUUUCAGAGGAGGCGAGAAUGUUUCCUAACUAAUGUCAAUGUCUUUCAAGGUAGAUGUAAGGCGGUGUGUGGGGCGCGAUCUCCCCUUUCCCCAGCAGCCUCGUUCCCCUCGGUCUGUCGGGCGGAACAGUGUGUAGCUUGCGUGGUGGUGCUCUCCGGCGUAUCUGGAGGGUCGGAACUGGCUGGUUGGGACUGGGCGGGACCCACGUUUUAUGAUGGGCUGCGAACACACCGACAAUAAUGCUAUGUCUCUUUUUUGUGUUUGUUGUUUUAUUUAAUUUUCUAUGAUUUUUUUUUAUCUAUUCCCUUAUUUUUGUGGAUGUGUGCUUUUUUUAAUAUUUAGCACGAGGAAUUCUAAAGAAUAGGGACAUUAAUGUUUCGCACAAUUACGGAUACUUUUCCUUGAAGGAGCUUUAUUUACGGGUGAUGUGAACCUGUAGCAUGCGCGAUGCGCGGUCCCAACGCCCUAGACUGGCAAGUUUAUUUCUAUUUCUCGGUAUGUCACUGAUUCCCCGAGUCAUUCAACACCUCAUUAUCUAAUCAUAUUUUGUGAAGCACCAGUUAUAGAGGUGAAAACGGUGCGUUUGAAACUUCCCCGCACCUCCCACAGCUCUAUAAGCCACUGUAGAAGCGACCAUCAUUCCACGUCCCCACGGCACCAGCACCUACAGGCUGAAGGGUUCCCAUGCCUUCCACCUCGGCCCCAGUGCUCCACGUGGCCUGGCUUUCCUACAAUCCUACAUUCUAAUCAUCUCAGCACAACCUAUGAUGAAGGGGGGACCGGCUUUCUUAAUUAAGAACUGCAGCUGCUUCACUGGUGCCAUCUCAAGACGACUGUAAAACAUUCAGCAUUACACAAAUCAGUCUUGCGUCAGUCAGCCAGCAGUCUAGUCAGAGCAGCCCCUCGGAAUAGCCGCGAGAAGUGUGGCGCCUGUAUUCAGAAACGCUCUGCUCUUUCAUUACGGCUAUUUUCAAAGAUCACAGAAAUUAUUAGACAGGUUUUCAAAGUUUCUCUUGUUAGUAAUGUAGAAAUCUUGUCAAUCUAUCACUAGAGCAGUGAAAAUAUCCUUAAAACACUGUGGUAUUUCAACUUUAUUGUCUUCUGAAGUAUACAGUGGAGGUGCUGCGCAGAAGGAUUUCAGAAUGUUCCUAGGUCUUGGCUGGGAGGGGCUGCAAACGUCUAUCGUUCAGACAUUACUCAUGGCCGCGCCGCCAGCCGAUCACUAAGCUCUCCUUCACCUCUUGACCUUGCUUCAUCUUAUCUUAGCGUGCCAUUAUAGAAGGAGUGGAUUUAAUCAUGAAAGAAAACUUUUCUUUAUCCCCCCCCCAUGAGUGACUACUCUGCAUGGGAAUUUCACGGAACAUUUUUUUUCCACGACCUUACUCAUGUAUUUUCCAAUGAUCUCAUUUUUGUACGACAUUUUAGGAGAUAAUUGAAUAAAAGACU